AUGCGACUUCGUCUUGGAAUUCUUAAUGAAGACAUUGCAGAACAAUUUGGAAUUUCUCCUAUUACUUCUUCUAACACAUUUACCACAUGGAUUAAACUUUUAAGCAGUGUGUUAGGUAGUGUUCUUAUUGUAUGGCUUCCACGUGAAGUCAUCAGAAAAAAUUUGCCUAUAGUAUUUAAGAAUGCAGGGUAUCGCAAGUGUUGUGUGACUACAUUUGUGAUUGAUUGCACUGAAGUUUUUACUGAACGACCAAAAUCUUUACUUGCUCAAGCUUCAACUUGGUCUGAUUAUAAACAACAUAAUACUUAUAAGUUUCUUGUUGGAAUUUCUCCUAAUGGAUUUAUCACUUUUUUAUCUGAUUGUUAUGGUGGAAGAUGUUCUGAUAAUUUUAUAACAAAAGAUAGUGGUUUUUAUGACUUAUUAGAACGUGAUGAUGAAGUCAUGGCAGAUCGUGGAUUUCAAAUCCAAGAAGAACUUUUGUUAAAAUUUUGCACUUUAAUCGUUCCUCCAGGUGCUCGUCUUAAAAGUCAAAUGAUUGCAUCUGAAUGCAAAAAAAACCAAAAAAAUAGCUAA